AUGAAGUACUCAGCCGUCGCUCUUCUUACCCUUGCCCAAGGCAUCGUCGCUGUUCCGUCUCUCUUGGGGCAGAUCAAGCAGAGCCAGUCAAAGGUUCUGACCACUGAUCAGGACAUAUCUCUUUCUAUCAAGCUUUCGCAGGUACCUCUGCAGAGAGCGGAACAUCACCAGCAGCAGGAAGAAAUCUGCUGGUUGCUGUGCGCCUCGAGUGCUAUUAAAUGCCCUGAGGGAUGGUUCUCCUCUGAGAAGGGCGAGUGCUGGACUUGCUGCAGGGCCCUGAACUAA